GGACCCUAACCUAAACAAAAACAAUACAAAGGUUAAUGGCCGUCUUGGUAUUAAUUGAACUUUAAACUAUACAGUUAUUAUUUUUCGUUAGAAGUUGCCUUAAUCUCCGUCACACUUGAAAAAAAAUUGGGGGCUUUCUCAAUCUCGCUCGCUGAUUCGUUAAAAGUUGGGGGUUGCCCAGAUCCAGAGUCAAAAUGGAGUCACCUCACUCGAAUUUGCUCCCUGAAGUUGAUUCCCUUCCCGAUGGAUUCGUCGACGGAGCUGCUGAGGAACAAAAUCGUAAUGAUGAUAAUAUCCCGAUCGAGAAAGUAGAGAAGCCUAGGACUUUCCCUGUUCCGCUCUGUGAAGAAACCGAUGGUAAUGAUGAGGUAGAGGUUGAUGACGUAAUCAAGGUCUCGAGCGAGCUUAGCUUAGAGCAGAAAGAAUCAUCUCCUCCUCCUCAAACAUUAUCAGAAGGGUCUACUCAAAAUCCAAACUUGUGCAAGGAUUCUACUCAAAGUGUGGAUUCGGUCAAACCCAGAAAACAAGAGGCAGUUGAGAGUAGUAAGCGUAAGAGUUCAAAGAACGUCUUCAAAUCAGAAAAGGAGUUUCUUGAAUUCAUGCUCAAGUAUCAACAAGUCCUUUCUGAAAGAGAUUCUGCUAUUACUGUCCGUGACAAGCUUGAGUCACUUUGUAGAGAGUUACAACGUCAAAACAAAUUGUUAAUGGAAGAAUGUAAGCGGGUGUCCACUGAGGGACAGACUUUAAGAUCAGAUUUAUCGACCAAGUUCCAGGAUGCAAUUAAGGAUGUGAGCAUUAAGUUGGAUGAGCAAAAGGAUGAAAGCCUCUCACAACUAAAAGAAAAUGAGAUGUUAAGGACGAAGUUGAAGCACCUGGCUGAUCAAUAUAUGCUUUCAGAACAACAACAUGAGCAAAGAUUGAAGCAGAAAACACUGGAGCUGCAGAUAUCUGAAUUAAAAAUCAAACAGCACGAGGAGAAACUCAUCCAUGAACAGUCUCAGAUGAAAAUUUAUGCAGAUCAAGUUUCUCAGCUUUUAGCAACCGAGAAAAACUUGCGGGUGCAGUUAACAUCUGAUGGAGAGAAGUUCCAGCAGUUCCAGGAUGCGUUGGUGAAGAGCAACGAAGUGUUUGAAACAUUCAAACAAGAAAUCGACAAGAUGUCAAAAGCAAUAAAAGAUCUGAGGAAAGAAAACGCAUUCCUGAAGAGCAAAACCGAGAGAUCUGAUCUUACUCUCAUAGAACUCGUCGAAGAGCGUGAAAGAAUGAAGAAACUGUUGGAGAAGACAAAGAAUCAGAAAGAUAAGCUUGAAUCGCUUUGCAGAUCCCUUCAAGCCGAAAGAAAGCAAAAAGAAACUAACACUAGUGAUUCUGCUCAAGCUUGAAGCAGAGAGAUUGAUUAUAGUGUAACAUUCUCUUAUGAUUUAAGGUUUUGUUUCUUUGUUUUUUUUUGUUUUUGCUAGCAAUUCAGGGAUCAUUCAGAGGUCAGGUUUUCUUCUAAACCGGAACCAAAGACAACCAAAACGAAUAAUCCUAUUAGUGGUUAUUGUUUUUUCUUAUAUUCAAAAUAUCUGAACCAGACCAUAUCCAUGUCUAAAU